AUGGCGGCAGCCGCGCCUGGCGGCGACGAUGACGGGAACGAUUACAUGGGCGAUCUCUCGGCCUUCUUGCCGCCAGAAGAUGCGUCGAACCUUCGCGAUCAGCAGCAGCAGCGGCAGCAACGGCAGAAGAAGCCGGCCAAGCCUGCGCCACGUCAGCGGCCAGACGAUUGGAAGAUGCUGACGUGGCAGGAGCGGCGGCAGCAGGCACGCGCGGAGAAAGACAAGGCCGAGGCGGCGGUUCUCGCGGAAGGCCUCGCGGCGCCCAUACCGCCUACCAACAUCGGCUUUAAACUGCUUCAGAAGAUGGGCUUUAAGGGCCCUCCUGCGGCGCAGCAGAUGGGCGGAAAGGCGGGUGAUGAGGAGUGGGAGGAGGUGGAGGAGAGAAGGGGAGAGGUGGCAGGAGGCGAGGAGAAUGGGGAGGGGGGAGAGGGAGGGGAGGCGGGGGAGGUGCCUCUAGAUGACAUCGUAUCUGAAGAGCUUCUGCUGCUCGCACUGCAGCGCCUGCGCCACAAGCAUUUCUACUGCAUACACUGUGGCUGUCAGGUGAGUGCUCUCUUGCUGCCAGGUGGGUGCUCUGUGGCUGCCAGGUGGCUGCUCUGUUGCUUUCAGUACGAGAGUGAAGACGCCCUUACAAGCAUGUGGCCGGGAGAAGACGAGGAGGCACACUGA